ACGCGAUUUCUGAAACCAACUCUUCUUCUUCCUCUUCUGGAUCCUCCACCACCAAGCUCCGAAGCAGAUGGGAUGCUCAUGCUCCACUUUUGGGUUAUAUAGGAUUGAAAUGGUCUCCUGCUUUGGUUCCCAAAACUCUCCUUGAUGUUGUCCAUUUGGUAUCACAUGAACUUCUAGAUCAGUUUUUGGGGAGAUGGCAGCAGCAGAGGGAAAUUCAUUGGUGGAAGCACACCAGAAACCCCGGGGGUUUAUGGCCAAUCUAACAUCUGCAGCAUGUGAAUGGUUUUUGAUAUUUCUGUUGCUGAUUGAUGCUGUGUUGUCAUAUCUACUCACGAAGUUUGCUGAUUACUGCAAAUUGCAGACUCCUUGCAUUUUGUGCUCCAGGCUUGAUCAUGUUAUAGGCAAUGAAAGGCCUGAAUUUUAUCGCAAUCUGCUUUGCAGAAAUCACAUAUCAGAGAUAUCAUCUUUGAUUUCUUGUCAUAUUCAUGGUAAACUUGCUGAUGGCCACGGAAUGUGCGACGAUUGCAUCUUUUCAUUCACUAGGAAGAAUUUAUCUUUCUCAGAAAUGAACAGGAUUUUGGGGGGUAAGUUGGGAUUGGAUAAUUGUGGCUCUGGUUUACAAAGCUUGGUUAUAAGUGAUGGUUCUGUGGGUACAAAGCCAUGUUCUUGCUGUGGGAAGCCUUGGAGACCAAAACAGAAUAAGCAAAGAUUUUUCCAAAUAAAAUCACCUGGGAAUGUAUUUCCUAAGCGUGAUUUUCCUUUACCACGAUUUCCAAGUCAUAGUCGCCUGCACCAUCGGAAUACCUCCAGAAAGAUGAAAAAUCAAUAUUAUCAUUCAAUAAAGUCCCAAGGUCUUGGAAAAAGAAGUUUUGUUCCUUUGUCUGAUGUAGGGUACACUGAGUUGAAUAUCAAUUCUGACUCUGAAUCUGAGGUUGCAUUUUCUGAUGAUGAUGGUAGAAGUACUAUACCUGGAAAUAGUGAAUAUGAAAACGAUUUUCUAGUUCUAUCUUCAGAAAAUCCAUCUAAAGUUCCCUCCAAUGACUUGAUAUCAGCAAAAGUGAUUAAUUUCUCUGAUACUAGACCUUUGCUUUCAGAAAUGUGGGUGCAGUCUGAUGUUAGCAAGGCUCAUCUGCCAAUUGCUUUUGAUGGUGCUAGUGCAGAUUGUAUAGCUAGACUCAACUGGCAGGAAUCCCCACAGAAGCCUAACCCUUGUAGACUGCCUGAGCUAAUUUUACCUGAGGAAAAAUCGACAUCAUCAAAUGUAUCUGAAAUUCCACAAAAGGCAUCAAUUGAGAACAAGCUCGAACUUCCAGAUCUGUGUGAUUUCAAUCAUAUUUCACAUGAAGAAUCAAUUGAGAACAAGGUUGAACUUCCAGAUCUGUGUGAUUUCAAUCCUUUAGGAUGGUGUGACCUUUUCACUUUGGACUACUGUCCCUCUUUUGUUCAAACUUCAUCAGUGGCGGAAAUUACAGGAACUAGUGACAUUAGACAUGCAUCCAUUGACAACCCUGAGGAAGUUCUGCAGUCACUAAGUAUUCCAUCUGCAACAUGUGUUGAAACUUGCCAGGUUGUUGACAAUUUAAUUCUGAAGCCAAAACACAUUGAUGAAAGCAAGUUGUGUGAAUUAAAUGACAGUGAGAUGGAAAGAGAAUCAUCUUCACGUAUUGUUGAACUUUCUGUCAUGAGGAAACCUGAUAGACUUAAUGAGGAACCAAAAAUGAUGCCAUCUUCAUCUGAAGAUACUUCCACUCAAGGGAUUGAUUUAUCAUUAAAGAAUACAAGAAGAUGGGAACAUGAUCAUGGAGAUGUCCAGAUAACUUCCAGCUCAGAUGACAUUCAGAUUUUUCGAAGGUCUGCCUCAGUGGAGUCUAGUCUUGAAUCUCUGGAUGCAGGCAAUGUAAGUGAGAUUGAGGGUGAAAGUAUAACUGAUCGGUUAAGAAGACAAGUUGAAUAUGACAGAAAAUGUAUUAAAUCUUUGUAUAAGGAGUUAGGAGAAGAAAGAAGUGCUGCUUCAGUUGCUGCGAAUCAGGCAAUGGCCAUGAUUACUAGAUUGCAAGAAGAAAAAUCAGCACUCCAUAUGGAGGCCCUUCAGUAUUUGAGAAUGAUGGAAGAGCAAGCAGAGUAUGAUGUAGAUGCACUUCAGAAAGCUAAUGAUCUCCUAGCUGAAAGGGAAAAGGAGAUGCAAGAUAUGGAAGCUGAGCUAGAAUUUUAUAGGUUGAAUUUUCCUGAUGAAACAGUUUUGGAAGAUUUGCCUGGGGAGAAUUUUGAAUUGAAUGGCAUGAGUAUGAAAGUGGAUAAUGCUAUCAUACCCUGCCAAGAUAAUAAAAGUCUUCCUCCAAACUUGAUGAUUGCUGGGAUGUCCAAAGAUAGUGAGGAGCCUUCUGAUACUAAAAUUCCACAUUUGGGGUUUGAAGAAGAAAAGAUGUACAUUUCACGAUGUUUGCAGAGCUUGGAAAUGAAACUACAUGAAAUUUCUUGUAGUGUUGGUUUCUCCAGCAUAGGCAAUGGUGAGCAUUCUAAAAUAUUUGCAGAUGAUAGGAUAGAGGGAGAAGAAUACCUUAAAAAUGAGAAGAAUUUGGCAAAUAUUCAAACGGAUGAAUAUGAUUCCUCUUUGAAAGAAGAUUUGCACAAGUGUAAUGGAAGCUAUGCUGCUCAAGAAGACGCAACUAGCUCAGAUGGUGAAUAUAAUCAUCGUGCUUCCUCCGAUAGGCAAAAAUGUUUCCCUGACCAAAGAGAAGUUAGUUUGGCUGCUCUAGAAAGUGAAGUCUCAGACCUCAAUGACAGGUUGGAAGCACUAGAAGCUGAUCAUUGUUUUCUCGAGCAUAUGAUUAACUCUCUUCAAAAUGGCAACAAGGGAUUACAAUUUGUUCAAGAAGUAACUCAUCAACUUAAGGAAUUACGGAAAAUUGGGAUAAGAUUAAGAAAUCAGUCUGCUUCUUGAAUUUGAAUAAACUUUUGCACGAUAUAAGCCAAGAAAACAGGCUGGAAAUCGUGACAGUGCCAAUAGUCAUCUCUCAGUAUGUCAAUGCAAAGGUCAAGAACUCAUCAAUCAUCAUUCUAAUUCCCUCAGUAGCCAUCAAUUUUGGAAAAUCGGACAGAGAUCUUCAUGAACAGAACAGGUAGCAUUCAAAGUUUUUUUGAAGAAAAAGUUAGUACAUACUAAGAGAGACAAUAUCAGGAAAAAAAAAAUCAGAAAAACAGCCUCUGCUGCUGGGCUUUGUUUUUGCUAUGUUUAAUAUGUUUGAAAGCUAGAAGAGCUAGCAACGUUAAUAAUUGUUUUUUCUUUGCUUUUGUUAUUGUUAGGUUGUAAAGUUGGUAUAUCUUUGUAGUUUUUUUUGCUAUGAUCACGAAAUCACUUUCUUCUGUAAGUUUGAAAAGUUGGUGAUUUUGUUAUUUGAUUUUUGUAGCAAAACAUAGAGAUAACUUUAUAAAGGCAUGAAAGUGAAGUUGAUACAUAAACAUUUAUUUUCUUACA